GUUGCCGAACGAAACUGCAUUUCCAUACCCCUGUGAUACCCUCCCACACCUGCUGUUUGAAUGUACAUUUACAUGCACAAUGUGCAUGUAGUUUUCGACCACACAAAACUGCCUACUCGUAAACUUUUGGUGUGCCUUUUAUAGCCUUGAAUGCUAUGUAAUGCUGUAGUCGUUGUGGACAGAAUUUACAAGCUGGGUGUAUGCAUGGUUUAUGUUUGGAACCAUGAUCCGUUCGUUCAUCCCCAUCACCGUGGCCUCUGCGUUGGGGUACAAGUGCUUCAACUUGCUCUUGGACUUUGACAUUCUGUCCCCACCCAAUAAGUACGCAGGCAAGGAACGCCACCGAUGGCGGAACGCGGCAACGUCGCUGGUCAACGCGGUCAUUGUUGCCGCACUCGUCAUGUAUUGUUUGUUCACCCAGCCGGAACUUUGGAGUGAACCCGUGACUCACUACGCUGUGUCGGUCGAAGUUACCUUCGCAGUAGUUUCGGGGUAUCUCAUCUACGACACAUACGAUUUGCUGACUCACAAUGGCUUCGGGAAAGUUUGGGCACUUUUUGUACACCAUACCAUUAUGACCUCCACUUUCUUCGUCAUGAGUAUCGAGCACAAAGCAAUGGGCAUCUUGACCCUGGGCCUGUUGAGUGAAAUCAACGCCAUCUUCCUUCACUCGCGCCAGCUCCUGCUGAUGCAUGGAUUCUCCAAAGACACCCUCAUCUACGGCGUCCACCGCCUCUUUAACCUGGCGACUUACAUUCUCCUGCGCCUGGCCCCGCUGAUCUACGCCACCUACUGCUCGUACUUCACUACCCAGCACUUACCUGCCUAUCUGGCGGCCGUUUUACCGUUCAUGACCACGGCCAUUACCGUUAUUAACUUCGUCCUCCUGUGGCGGUUAAUUUGUAGUGACUUCUUGUCCAAGGAUGGAAAACAUCGACAUGUCAUGGACAACUAGCGCAUUUCUAGCUCAAAACGUUGGCUUUGCUUGCGGUUUCAGACGCACGAUUUCUUGGUGACUGAUAUGGCAGUUUCCUUGAACGAAGUGGCUAUGCAGUCACGGAGGCGUUAAUAAUUCCACUUCCAAAUUACAGUUGCGGCAUCAAUCCAGCGGGUCCAUCGUGCCGGGUUCGAGGCCGCUCUGAACGACAGUUGUAAAAAAUUUUUGCGCUUAGCAUGCAGUGGUUACGCCAUGCCAUUUCUCGGUAUUGAAAAAUAAACAAUUUCCAUUGAUGCCUCCCCCCAUUCUCACGCUUGUACUAAUUGAAGACUCACGUCACAUGUGAAUACGGGCGAUUCAAAAUAGUGCGCCUCCAAGAGUUUGAACACGUUGGCCAAUCACAACGCGCAAAAU